AUGUAUUACAAGCGCAAAACUCGACCUAUUCAAACCGCGAUCUUCCUAAUUACCGCGACAUAUGUCCUAUUCUUCUGGCUACCCUCGACAUCAUACUACAGGCGCCUACCAAAACCGAUCUCUAGAAAAGACACCACAGUCCGCAAGAAUGCAAUUCGCUUAGAUAAAGUCACAGAGCACCACCCAGUGUCAGAAUUCAUUCCGCUCCCAACAAACCCAGCAUCCAUCCCACGCAUCCAAUAUGACUUCCAACCCGAAACCAACACCGAGCGAAACUCACGACUCAAGCGGCAAAGGGCGGUCAAGGAGGCAUUCAUGCAUUCCUGGAAUGGCUAUAAGGAAAAUGCGUGGCUGCGCGAUGAGGUGAAACCCAGGACCGGAGGGUAUCAGGAUACGUUCAAUGGAUGGGGUGCCACACUGGUUGAUUCUCUUGAUGCCCUGAUUAUUAUGGGGCUGGACGACGAGCUCGAGCUGGCCCUCGAGGCUCUGGAGGAAAUUGAUUUUACUACUACGGCUAGUAAACAGGUUCCGGUGUUCGAAAUCAUCAUUCGAUAUAUGGGUGGUUUCAUUGCCGCUCACGACUUGACGCAGGGGAAGCAUCCUGUACUUUUAAGAAAGGCUGUGGAGCUUGGUGAUAUGAUUUUCAAUGCGUUUGAUACACAUAAUCGUAUGCCACAGAUGCGCUGGGACUGGAUGAAGUCUGCCCAAGGCGAAGAAAUUGAGCCCUCCCUUCGCAGCAGUCUAGCGGAGAUUGGUUCCCUGACAAUGGAAUUUACUCGCCUAACACAAUUGACUGGAGACCCCAGAUAUUACGACGCAGUCCAGCGCAUCAUGAACGAGCUCGAGAUUGGACAAGACAAGACGCGAAUUCCUGGAUUGUGGCCAACAUGGAUCAACACCGAUGAGAUGAAAUUCGACGAUUCCGAAUUCUCCAUUGGUGGAUGUGCCGAUUCUGCCUAUGAAUACUUCCCCAAAGCACACAUCUUAUUGGGCGCACAGACAGACCAAUAUCGGCGAAUGUACGAAAAGGCCAUCGAAACGUUCAAUGAAAACCUACUCUUCCGAGCGAUGACCAAAGACGAGGAUCAGCAUAUUCUCUUCGCGGCUAAUGUCCUUGCCAUGAGAGGUAAUGCCAAGUCGUUCCAGUACACGCCCGACCACCUGAAGUGUUUCAUGGGUGGGACUGUGGCGAUCGGAGCAAAGGUCUUCAAUCGACCCGAGGAUAUGUAUAUCGCCAAAGGACUGACGGACGGUUGUGUCUGGGCUUAUGAUGUUAUGCCCACGGGUAUCAUGCCAGAGGUCUUCAAGGUCAGUCCUUGCCGACACCAUGAUGACUGUCCUUGGGAUGAAGAACAGUGGUACUCGGAUGUGCUCUCGCGGUCUAUCGAUAAUGAGGAAAUCAGAGAGAGGGCUGCGGAUCAGAUUGAGGCUCACAAGUUCCCUCCUGGUGUUACGGAUAUCCGUGAUUCAUCGUAUAACCUUCGUCCCGAGGCACUGGAGUCCGUCUUCAUCAUGUAUCGAAUUACUGGCGACAAGAGCCUGCUGGAUACUGCAUGGCGCAUGUUCCAGAACAUUGAUAAGGCGACUCGGUCUAAUUUCGGACACUCGUCCAUCGAUGAUGUGCGCGAGACACGACCGAAGCAGAUUGAUAAGAUGGAAAGCUUUUGGUUAGCUGAGACCUUGAAAUACCUCUAUCUCAUCUUCUCCGAGCCGGAUCAUAUCAGUCUGGAUGACUAUGUUCUGAGCACCGAAGCACACCCCUUCAAGCGGACGGAUGCAUCUCGUUAA